AUGCACACGCCGGCGCCGGCCGAACUGUUCAUCUCGGGAGCUCUGCCGGGUUCGGGCACCUUCCCCUCCUCCUCGGCGCUCAGCGCCUACCAGCACCCGGCCUCCUUCAGCGGGCGCAGCUUCCCGGUCAGCUCCCCGCUCAGCCUGCCCGAAGCCGCCUUCAGCCCCGGCUCCAACGGGCUCCUCUCCCCCCACGACCCCCUACUCCACAUCAAACCCACCCAACCCAGCGUCCCCUCCUCCCUGGGUUUCGAACGCCUGGGCAGCGCCGUCCUGGGAUCCGGUUUACCGGCGCAAGGUUCGGCGUAUCGAGGACCGCCUAGUUCUUCGCAGUUUAAUCUUCUCUCCGCUCCUUUGACCGCUCCGGCGGAGCAACCGGCUCAACUCUACAACGCUUCGGUUUUCGGCGGCGGCGGAGGCGGCGAACGGGCCGUGCCGCGACAGGACAGCGUCAUCAAGCACUACCAGCGGCCGGCGGGCGCUCAGCCGCAACUCCCGCCGGCGGCGCACAGCCUCCAGCACUACCUGAGCUGCGGCGGCACUUACCAACAAAUGCCGCACCGCGCCGCUCUCUCCUGCAGCCCUUUGGGCGAACAAUCCCCCGCCAGUUCCGAGGGCUCCCAACAACCUCCUAAAAACGCUCCGGCUCCUCGAGCGGAACCGACGCAGAGUUACCGACCCAUCAUCCAAUCUCCGGCGUAUUCCGGUACCGGCGGAGCUACCGGCGGAGCGACCGCCGCCGCCGCCGCCGCCAGCAACGGCGCCGCCAAAUCGAAGAGUUACUCGGCGUCGCGGCAGACCCCCCGUUCCACCGCCACCCCCAAGUGCCAAAGCAGCUACACCCCCAGCACCCCCAAACCCAGCUCCGUCAUCGCCAGCCAGUCCCCCGCUUAUUCCCCUGGCCAACCCCAAAAUUUACUAGCCAUGGGGCCGGCCGCCGGCUACGGCGCCAAUCCCCCGGCUCCCCAAAGCCUGGGGGCCGGCGGGCAGCCCGCCGGGGGCUUCAGCGGCGGGCAGGGGGGGGAGUUGGGGGGCAAAGCCCCCACUUACCCAUCUGGGGGGCAAGGCGGGGGGCCGGGGGGUCAGGGCGGGCAGGGGCUGCAGCCGUGCGUCAGCCAGGGCCAGACCUAUUCCCCGGAGCAACUCCAGGCUCUGCCCUACGGCGUGCAGCCGGAGGGGGGGCAAGCGGGUGCCUACGGCCCCCCGGCCCCCUCCCAGGGUUUACCCACCGCCAGCCCCUCCCUCAGCUACAGCACCGGCCACUCGCCCGCCAUGCCGGCCCCCCUGCCCUACGCCGGUUUGGGGGGCUCCAGCCCCUCGCCCAUCAUCCGACCCCUCCAAUCCCCCCCCGGCCGCCGUCCCCAGAGCGGAGCGUCUCCGGGUCAGUCCCAAAAAUACCUGGGCUCGGUUUUAUCCCCUUCUUUCAUGACGCCGGCUUACGGCGGGGGGCCGGGGGGGUUAGAGAGACCCCCCGCUUUCGGCAAAGCGGGGAAAGGGGAAGCGGAGCUGUUGGCGGCCGAACGCAGCGAGGACGAGGAUUUUCUCAUCCAACAUCUCCUGCAAGCCCCCAGCCCUCCCCGCGGGCCGGCCGAGGGGCUGGGGGCCUGCGAGGAGCGGGGGGGAGCGGGGAAAGCUUUGGGGGGCUACGGGGGGCUGGGGAAGGCGGAGGAGAGGUACCAGUUGCAGAGCGUUAUCCGACCCAAUUCCAAUUUGGAAGGGCCGGCGGCGCUGGAGUUGGCUCUUUUGAAGGAAAAGAAAAAACCCGAGCGAGCCAAGGAAUAUCGGGGGGCCGGCGGGGGGGCCGGCGGCGGGGGCGAGGGGCUAGCGGCCACCUCGGUGGUCCAUUACGGCCACCAGCCGCCCCCCCUCGAUUCUUACGGCCAGGAGCUGAAAAAACCGGCCGAGCACUUGGCCAGCGGCAAAGAACUGGGGCAACCCCACGCUUACUUGCCCAAGACCCCCGAACACGGCCGACUGCCGUACCGGUACCGGGGGGGGUCCCUCCUUCCCUCCGUCCUCACCCACACCCAAAGCCAACUGCACCCUCGCCCCAAGGGCAGACCCCCCCUGGACGUCCACCUCCUGGAGCAACAACGGAUGCCGCCCCCCCCCGCCGGGCUGGACCCCCAAGCCCCCCCGCCGUUGCCCCCCGAACCCAUGGAGGUGUUACCGGCCCCCCAGGAGAUCCAAGACUUUUUAGAACCCCCCCUGGGUUUAGAACCUCAUUUGGGGCAAAGCGGUGGGGUACAGGGACCCCCCGGUCACCUCCUGGACCCCGAGGGGGGGCCGUCGGUGGCCCCCGCCCCGUUGGAAGCCAAGGACCAGUUUCCGAGGGGGGGGAGUCCGGCGGGGGGCAAAGGCCGUUUCGUCCCUCUGACUUCCAUCUGCUUCCCCGACGCUCUGCUGCAGGACGAGGACCGGGGUUUCUUCCCCGGGAUGGAGGAUAUGUUCGGGCCCCCCCCGGAAGAUUUCCCCAAAACGGCCGAGGAAGAGGAGGAGGAAGGAACCGGGGGGCUGGAAGCCCGUUCCGAGGGGCUGAAGGCUCCUCCUUACGACAUGGGGCAGAGUUACCCCGCUUUCUGCCCCGGCGAGGGGGCGGCCGGCGAAGCCCCCCCCCUGGGCUUGGAGCCCCCCAAACACGAGCUGCCCUCCACCGUCAACGCCGAACCUUUGGGACUGAUCCAGAGCACGGGCGAGGGGCCCAAACCCCCCUUGGCCGCCCCCCUUUUUUGCUCCUCCAAACCCAAGAAGCUGCUCAAGACCUCUUCCUUCCACCUCCUCCGCAAGCGGGACCCCUUCCCGCCCCCCAAAAAAAACUACGCCCAAGAGUACGAGUUCGAGGACGACGAGGACAAAGCCGACGUCCCCGCCGACAUCCGUCUCAACAGCCGCCGUCUCCCCGAUCUCCUCCCGGACCUCAUCUCCAGCUGCCGAGCGCGCCCCAGCCUCAGCCCCAUGGGGGACAUCGACUUCUGCCCCCACCCCGGACCCCACCCCGGACCCAAGAAACGCGGCCGCAAACCCACCAAACCCAAACGCGAGGGACCCCCCCGACCCCGGGGACGACCCCGCAUCCGCCCCUUGGCCGAACCCCCCGGGCUCCUGGCGCCCGACGGAGCCAAAAAGCCCCGGGGACGAGGACGGGGACGGGGCAAGAAGGGCGGCGAGGAGGGGGCCGACGGCAACGGCCUCGAGCCCCUCAAGCCCCUCAAGGUGAGCAGUUGGGGGGUGCUGGGGGGUCUUGGGGUGCAGAGGUUGGGGGAUAAAGGGGGGGUGCCCCCCCCGGAGCGGGUGCCCCCCCCGCGGGGCCCGACCCCCCCCCUGGACACCAACCAGACGCGAGAACGGAUCAAACAGAAAAUCAAAGAAGUGGAAGAGAAACAACCGGAGAUGAAAUCGGGAUUCAUGGCUUCGUUCCUGGAUUUCCUCAAAUCCGACGAGGAAGACUCCGUCAGCAAAAACCAGGACCUGCAGAAGAGCAUCUCCUCCGCCAUCUCCGCCCUCUACGAUCCCGCCGACCGCAAGGACCCCGACCCCGCCGCCCCCCCUGGGACCCACAGAGCCCCCCUGACCCCCCCCCCGACGUGUGUCUGUCCCCCCCUCCCCGCAGACGUCCCCCCGCCGGAGGAGAAGCCCCCCAGCCCCGCACCCUCGGAGGGUUCCCCGCCCGACCCCCCCGCCCCGGUGGUUUCGGUGGCCUCGGUGGCCCCGGCGUCCCCCCCGGUGGCCAAGGCCCCCCCCGAGCCGGUGGCCCCCGCGUCCCCCGAGCGGGAGGAGCCCGAGGACUCGCGGCCGCUUCACUUGGCCAAGAAACAGGAGACGGCGGCCGUCUGCGGGGACACCGACGAGGACGAGGCCGAGAGCGGCGGGGAGGGCAUCUUCCGGGAGAGGGACGAGUUCGUCGUCCGCGUGGAGGACAUCCAGGCCCUCAAGUUGGCGCUGCAGACGGGCCGGGAGCCCCCCCCGAUUUGGCGGGUGCAGAAGGCUCUGCUCCAGAAGUUCACCCCCGAGAUCAAGGACGGGCAGCGGCAGUUCUGCGCCACCAGCAACUACUUGGGGUACUUCGGGGACGCCAAGAACCGGUACCAGCGCCUCUACGUCAAAUUCCUGGAGAACGUCAACAAGAAGGACAACGUGCGGGUCUGCUCCCGCAAGCCCUGGCACCGGCCCCUCGCCGCCGUCAG